CAAGGACCAAUGCAGAAUCAUCACAACAACAAAGAAUCUCGGUGUUGGUUUCUUCUCUGCUUUUUUGGUGGAUCAUAAACCCAUCUGAAGUGAAGAAGUUGUCUGAAAAUGGUGAGAGAUGGCAUCAACUAAACAGACAUUGAAGCUUCUCCUUGUCUUCUCCCUUUUCUUCUGCUACAAUCUGAAUCAUGCCAUUGUUACGGUUGUUGCUUUUGGACUAAACUCUCCUCAACAAAGCUCCAAGUCUGGUUAUGUUGAAGAAAGCAAGAACAUAGUGGAGAGAGACAGCGCACUUGAAGCUGCGAGGUUGGGAGGAAGAGGCGGUGGCGAAAACGGGAAUGUAGUGCAAACAGGUGGAGGAAUGGUUCCAGUUUAUGCAGCAGCUGGCGAGGCAAAGAACAAACACAGCAAAAAGGCUCAUCACAAAGGAGGCUGCACCAAUUGCAAGGCCAUGGAGCCUCCUCUUCUCGUUCUCCUCCUCUUCCUCACUUUCGCUGCCUCCUCCCUUUUGUAAUCCCUUCUCUAACCGUGUCAGUUUUCAUUUUGUCUUGUGUAUAUAUGUUCUGUGUUUAGGCCUCGUUUCCCGCAAUUAGAACUUUCAAUGUAGCAAUCAAUCUUUGAAGACAGUUUGUUUCAGUUUGAAUAAACAUGUUGUUGUGGUU